AUGUCAGGCUCAGGCCAGGGAAGUGUGAAUCAAAGGGAGGAUUGCACUCAUCCAAGGGAUGAUGUGAUUCUAGCAGGCAUCCAGCAAUUGAGUUUACAAAUUGAAGCACUUAGCAACCGAGUUGCAAGAUGUGAGACGAGACUUGAAGAUGAUCGAGAGCCACCACGAGGGAGGCCACAAAAUCAGCGAGAAGAGCCUAGGGCACAACCUAGAUGGCAGCGGCAAUUUGAUGAUGCAUAUGUGUCCGAUACAGAAGAUGAUCGAGAUGGCAGGUUUGAGAGGAGAAACGGACGCCGAGGAUUUAGACGUCGAGAAGAUGAUGAGCUUGGCAACAUCAAGAUGAAGAUUCCAUCUUUUCAAGGAAAGAAUGAUCCUGAUGCAUAUCUAGAAUGGGAGAAACGGAUGGAGAUGGUAUUUGAUUGCCAGCGAUAUUCGGAACUCAAAAAGGUAAAAAUUGCAGCUGUUGAAUUCACUGAUUAUGCUAUAAUUUGGUGGGAUCAACUUGUGACUAGCAGGAGACGCAAUGGUGAAAGACCAAUAGAAACGUGGGAUGAGAUGAAAGCAGUGAUGAGGAGGCGCUUUAUACCUAGUCAUUACCACAGAGACUUGUUCCAUAAGCUGCAAAAUCUCACACAAGGCAAUAGGAGUGUGGAAGAAUACCAUAAAGAGAUGGAGAUUGCUAUGAUCCGCGCUAAUGUGGUGGAAGACCGUGAGGCCACAAUGUCACGAUUUUUGUGUGGUUUGAGCCGAGAUAUAAUAAGGGUGGUAGAGCUGCAACACUACGUUGAAUUGGAGGUAUUAGUGGACAAAGCCAUCAAAGUUGAGCGGCAAUUGAAGUUGGAUCGAAAUUACAAGAGUGGUGGAGGUUCAAGCUCGAAUUGGAAGUCUAAUUGGAAGAGAGACGAGAAGCCGAAUUGGAAGGGAAACAAUAUCAAGACUGAAACUUUGAAGGAUGGCAAAGUUAGUUCGAAUCCGGUUUCAGGUAAAACUGAAAACCCUAACACUAAGACUCGUGAUAUUAAAUGUUUCAAGUGUUUGGGCAGAGGUCAUAUGGCAAAUCAGUGCCCUAAUAGGAGGGUGAUGAUCAUGACUGGACAUAAUGAUGUUGAAUCAGAAAGUGAGAGAGAGGAAGAGGAUGAUGACAUGCCACCAUUAGAGGAUUGUAGUGAUGUUGAGAUGCCAGCAAAGGGUGAAUUGAUGGUAGUUAGGCGUUCUCUUAGUGUUCAAGUCAAAGAGGAGGAGCAUCACCAGCAACGCGAUAACUUGUUCCAUACAAGAUGCUUGGUGAAUGGUAAGAUUUGUAGCUUGAUUGUUGAUGGAGGUAGUUGUACAAAUGUAGCAAGUUGUACCAUGGUGGAGAAGUUGGGAUUGGAGACUACAAAGCAUCCAAGACCAUAUAAAUUGCAGUGGUUGAAUGAUAGUGGUGAAGUAAAAGUAUCGAAGCAAAUCCGAGUUCCAUUUGAGAUACGGCGAUAUAAGGAUGAUGUGAUGUGUGAUGUUAUACCUAUGCAAGCAGGGCAUCUUUUACUUGGUAGGCCAUGGCAGUAUGAUCGAAAGGAAUUUGAAGAUGUCUUUCCUGAUGAGCUUCCUGGAGGUUUACCACCGAUUCGAGACAUAGAUCAUCAAAUCGAUUUGAUUCCUGGUGCACCAUUGCCUAACCGACCCGCAUAUAGAAGCAAUCCUGAAGAGACAAAGGAACUUCAACAGCAAGUUAGCGAAUUACUAAAGCAAGGAUAUGUGAGAGAGUCUCUUAGCCCGUGUGCUGUUCCUGUUUUGUUGGUGCCAAAGAAGGAUGGGUCUUGGCGAAUGUGCUUUGUUGUUGGUGCUGAUGGAAUACAGGUUGAUGAAGAAAAGGUGAAAGCAAUCCGUGAAUGGCCGACACCUAAGACAGUAGGAGAGGUGCGCAGCUUUCAUGGUUUAGCCAGUUUCUAUCGUAGAUUUGUAAAAUAUUUCAGCACCAUCGCCGCACCUUUAACCGAGAUUAUCAAGAAGCACAUGGGUUUCACAUGGGGAGAAGAGCAAGAGAGAGCAUUCAAUCUGUUAAAGGAUAAGCUGACUAAUGCUCCUUUGUUAUCUUUACCGAAUUUCAGUACUACUUUUGAGAUAGAAUGCGAUGCUUCUGGUACAGGAAUUGGAGCUGUGUUGAUGCAAGGAGGACGUCCCAUAGCGUAUUUUAGCGAGAAGUUAAGCGGAGCGACAUUGAAUUAUCCGACUUACGAUAAGGAGAUGUAUGCUUUGGUGCGAGCUUUGGAGACUUGGCAACAUUACUUGUGGCCAAAGGAGUUUGUGAUCUACAUCGAUCACGAGACCUUAAAGUACUUGAGAGGGCAGCAAAAGUUGAACAAAAGACAUGCCAAAUGGAUGGAGUUCAUUGAAACUUUUCCAUAUGUAAUCAAGUACAAAAAAGGUAAGGAAAAUGUGGUAGCUGAUGCACUUUCUCGAAGGCAUGAUGGAUAUCUCUUUCGUGAAAAUAAGUUGUGUUUGCCUAGAUGCUUUUUGCCCGAGUUGUUAGUGCGAGAGGCACAUAGUGGUGGUUUAAUGGGGCAUUUUGGAAUCAAUAAGACUUAUGAAGUGCUGCAUGAACAUUUUUUUUGGCCACACAUGAAACGAGAUGUCACACGAGUUUGCGAGAGAUGUAUCGCAUGUAAGCAGGCUAAGUCUACGAUUAAACCACAUGGUUUGUAUACACCUUUGCCUAUCCCGACGCAUCCUUGGGUUGAUAUCUCUAUGGAUUUUGUGUUAGGAUUGCCUAGGUCUAAGCAUGGCAAGGAUUCUAUUUUUGUUGUUGUUGAUCGAUUUUCAAAAAUGGCUCAUUUUAUACCUUGUCAUAAAUCUGAUGAUGCAUCGAAUGUUGCUGAAUUGUUCUUUCGUGAGGUUGUGCGUUUGCAUGGUAUGCCUAGGUCCAUUGUUUCUGAUCGAGAUACUAAAUUUCUAAGCUACUUUUGGAAAACAUUGUGGAAGAAGUUAGGUACACAACUUUUAUUCUCUACUACUUGUCAUCCACAAACUGAUGAUCAAACUGAAGUAGUUAAUAGGACUUUAGGGACAUUAUUGCGUGCUAUUAUUAAAAAGAACAUUAAGUCUUGGGAAGAUUGUUUACCGCAUGUUGAGUUUGCUUAUAAUAGAAGCGUGCAUUCUGCUACUAAAUUCACACCGUUUGAGGUUGUCUAUGGUUUUAAUCCCUUAACUCCGUUAUAUUUAACUCCUUUGCCUGUUGCUGAGCUGUUUGAACCCGGCGAUUGGGUUUGGGUUCAUAUGCGCACAGGGCGUUUCCCCAAACAGCGACACUCUAAAUUGCUACCGCGAGGGGAUGGACCAUUUAUGGUGCUAGAAAGAGUCAACGAUAAUGCUUACAAGCUU